CCCCCCCGGGCCGCCGUCUUCAACCCCUACACCGAGUUCAAGGAGUUCAGCCGCCGGCAGAUCAAGGACAUGGAGCGCAUGUUCCGCCUGUAUGACUCAGGACGGGAUGGAUAUAUUGACCUGAUGGAGCUGAAGCUCAUGAUGGAAAAGCUGGGAGCUCCGCAGACCCACCUGGGGCUGAAGAACAUGAUUAAGGAGGUGGAUGAAGACUUUGAUGGAAAGCUCAGCUUCCGUGAGUUCCUGUUGAUUUUCCAUAAAGCUGCAGCUGGGGAACUCGAGGAGGACAGUGGCCUGUUGACUCUUGCAAAGCUCUCGGAGAUAGAUGUGUCCAUUGAAGGAGUCAAAGGAGCCAAGAACUUCUUUGAAGCUAAGGCUCAAGCCCUCUCCUCAGCCAGUAAGUUUGAAGCAGAGAUAAAAGCUGAGCAGGAUGAGCGGAAGCGGGAAGAGGAGGAAAGGAAGCACCGCCGAGCAGCUUUCAGGGAGUUAAAGUCUGCAUUUACCCAGUAAGCAGCCAGCCAAUAUGCACUCUGAAAUUGCACAUGACUUGGUACGUUUCCCAGAUCAGGGCUCUGCCUGGACAGAACUGCUUGGAUCCUGCCUAAAACUCAUCACAGUUUUGCUAGCCUUCCUUUCCUGAAGAUCCUCCUGAGCUCCUAAGGGCACAACUCUUGCAGUUACUAUGCAUUCAUGAUGAUGUGAAUAGUAGAAGCUGUGUACAGGCUGUUUGCUCUGAACUGUUACGAGCACAUCACCCUAAAGUAGAAACAGCAGGUAGCAAAUCAUGGGUGAGCACUGACAAGCGUCAUGUUUGCCUACUUCAUUCUUUCCUAUACAUCCUUUUUCUCUUAAUCCUGUGUUAAUUCAUUCCUUGCUUACAGGCAAGUAGUGAGGUCUCGUGUAAAUCAGGGUGUACAAAAUACAGCUUGACUUCUGUAUGUUUGUACUGCUGUUGGGUGUUGUCACCCUUUUCUUGUUCCUCAAAGCCCCGUGCCACAAGCACCGUGAAAACACUGUGAAGAGAGAAAGAUAAUUACUAGGGACAUGGAUCAAAUUCACUAUCAUUUUCUGUAGCAUUUUCUGCCACCCAGCAUGUUGAAGAGUCUUCCAGUUUCUCUUCUCUGAAGUGCCAUAGUAACAAACCCUUCAAUAAGAGGCGAGAUUUCCCAAGACUUCAAAGGGAAGAAGCUGGCUCUCUUAAACAAGGAAUAGAAAACUGAGUUGCCUGACCAUUUAUCUUCUUUCACAUUCCAUCACAUUUAGUGUACUGUAUAGCUUCACUGUUAUUUUCCAGGCUUAGGCAGCUGUAUCUGUUUUUAGGGGGUAUUGUCAGCUGGACAGUGCAGUUGGAUGGCACACUGGGGUUUUCUAUUUAGAAAUUUGCUCAUAGCCUGAAUCAUGAAGGUGACAUUGUUUGAUUUCAUUAGAGGCACAACAGAGGACACCAGCACAGCAUACUGAGAAACCCCUGCUCAGAGAGCAGGGAGGUGAGCACAUUUAAGUGAACUGAAUUUUGAGGGCUUGCAUUAUACUAUUAGCCAUGUUUUCUUGGAAACACAGGAAACUUGCCUACAAAUGUUGAGAUGCCCAGUGCUUGUCUGGAUAUAAACACUGUCAGUCAUGGCAGGGGAACUUCCCUCAGAGACCUCUCUCAAGACAUGGAUUUGCUCAAAUUCUGCCUCUGCUCUUGCCCAAAUUUGUGGCAAAAUGUUAAUUUUUUUCCAGAAUGAAACUCACCAGUCAUCUUUUCACUUGUCUGUUUUGCUUCUGAAACUGUGAGCACUAAACUGUGAGCAUGGAAUAAUAAAUAGAAAAACCUCUACUCUUUAAUGUCAGGUGAAAGAAUUGCUAAACAAUUAAACUGUGUAUAUAUCUUCACAGAUUAUAUUUUAUAAAUCACGCUUUUUUAGCUAAAUAUUUAUAAUUAAAUGUUUUUAUACUUUACAACAAAGCAGAUAAUUUCAUCUCCAAUUAUUUCUCCUGUUGCUGAAAUGUAAAAAUAAAGCAUUGUUAUCUCCAGUCUUGUCUGUGGUUUAUUUCAGGUCUUUGAAUAUAGCAUUUUUCACAAAUUACAGUAGUGAUCCCCAAAGCUUGGCAUCCUGACUUGGAUGAGUGGGGGAAGUGUUCAACCUCUUCUUGAUAACACUUCCUCUUCUGCACAGCAGUUCUGGUGUAAAAAGCCCUAAUGUUUGCAUUUCUUCAGAAAGGGACUUGGCUGUGUAAAUACUUGAAAUACUGCCCACUGCUAAAUGUUGACAUCUGAAGGUUGUCAGCCUUCCCUUAUCUUAAAAUAGCCUCUGUCUCAGCCCACAUAGUCCCCCAGCUUCAGGUUGCUUCAGCUAGAAUUCCCUUUACAUUUCCUGCUUCUGCCUUUAUUAAGGGAGAAAAAAGAAAAUUAGCAUGGAUAUCUGAAAAUGUGUCCAAGCAUUUUGUUUCUAUUACUGCUGAUCUGCUAAGCUUUGCUGGCAUGGCCACACUGAGGGGGUUCAGGAAGAGGUUUAACUAUGCCUUGUUACAGGUCCAGUGAUGAAAUAGAAGCCAUAAGUAUUUUAUCCCACGCAGCUCUGCUCUGUGCUGAUACAUUCACUGUGUCUAUGAGUUCUUGGGUCUCAGAGGUCAGGUAAAAUGUGAGUGAAGGUUGCUUAGUCUCUAUUUCCCCAGGAGAAUUGUUAUAGGGCAGCUCUUGAUUUUUGUGGGGACUUUUUUGUUGUUGUGUUGGUUUUCUUUCUUUCUUUAUAGCAUAGCAAGCACUGCUGAGUUGUACUGCUUUGCACAUGCAGCUGGGUAAGGAGCCCAGGGCUGCAGGAGAAAAGGGUGGAAAAAGGCUUUCCAGUUGUUGUAUUUUAAUAGAAUCAACUCCAGCUGCCAAGUUUCAGUAAGGAAAUUAAUAUUGUCUAUGGUUUUGCUCAAUUCAAACAGGUGCUGUUAGUUGGGACCUGCAGUCAGUGCAGUGAACAAUAAGUGCUUUUGGAUGUGCACUUAUUUGGAAGUAGCAGCAAUGUGUGUUUUGAAAUUAGCUUUGCAAAAAUGGACAUUGGGAAAUUAAUUGCUUUCUAAAUUGUUCUGUUUUACUGCCAAUUGUUGGAUUAGAUAACAGCAUCAUUAGGUUAUGCAGAAGUACUAAAGAGAAGUUGUCUAGCUGGAUCUCCCACCUAAAACCAUGUGACAACACUUAGUUGUAUUUACCUGUAAUUUAUCUAUUACAAUCCUUGAUGCUCUGGCCUUUUAUGCCUGAUGUCACCACGGGUGGCUUUCAAAGGUUCUGGCAAUCCCAGCUCUCUUUAGUGAUGCCUGUCUGGUAUUUCUGACAUGCCCCGGGUGAUUCUUAAGUCUGCGAUGGCAAGUAGAGGAGCUUGAUGAAAAGUGCGUUGCACUUAGUGGUCUUUCUCAGAAGGCACAAAUACUUGCCUCAAGUCAUUCACCAAGAAUGGAAACUUCAUGUAGUCCUUGGUCCCUGAAGGGAUUUUGUAGCACUUCAGCCUGUCUGGAUGCUCAGAUUGCAGUGGAUUUCUCCAUCACAGUCAUUGCCAUUGACUGCAGGGGACAGCUUAUGGCAGCAGGAAGUGUCACUUAAAGAGCUCAGUGUGGUCACAGUGGAGAGAAAGAGAAAUGGUGUGAUCAAGCUCUUCCUGGCUCAAGUUUCAGGGU